AUGGGUCGAUCUAGUAAGGCUCUCCGAGCGAAAAAGCGAAUCAUCGCAGCCGGCGAGGAUAACUCUGCGGGCCCUUCUGCUGCGCUCCUCGCCCCAGGUCGUCAACCACACACGCUCGCCGGCGCAAACCUCUCCGAGUUCAAGUACGAAUUCCCUGGUUUCUACUUCGGCCCCGGUCAAUCCAGCCUGCUGGUACUAAGUAAAUCUGCCGAACUCUACCCAUCCCCUCUCCGAACCCAAACGCAGACCAUAGGAACUAACCAAGACCUCUUCGACAACAGCAAGAAUGAGGAGCUACGAGGUCUGCUCGCCACAAUGGGAGUGCGUUUUAUGUACCAGGCCACACCGCACCUCCUUUCGCUGCUUUCCGCCAUCUUCCGCUUCGCGUCCCAACAGCGAGAACACUACGACGUCAACAACGAAACCGACGCCAUGAAGAACGCAUUCUACGCGCGCGUCGUAGCCGCUGGUAGCGCCGACACAGGCCCGCAGUCGAAAGUGCCCCCCAACAUGGGCCAGCUCGAAGCUGUCAGUGUCCGCAAGCUCACCGACCUCUAUGUCGACAAGAGAAAGAGCUUCCAGAAGCGCCAGAUGCGAAAGGGCACGUCCGAGCAGGACGAGGGCAAGGGAAAUGACAGAAACGACGACGAGAACGACGACGAGGAUGAGGUCCAGAUCGAGGACAAUAACAAGGACAAGGCUGCCGGGGACAAGUACACGAAGAAGCAGACGGUUCUGCUGAAGUACAUCGACCAAUGGAUCGACUGGGUGGAGGUUCAAAAGGACCUCCUCCGAUUCCUCGAUGCACAUGAGAAAGCAUGA